AUGCAUAGAGCUUUUACUGUUCGCGAAGCUGGGUUGUUGUCUCAACAACGACGUCUCGUUGUAUCGGUUCAGAAACGUUUGACAGUCCCAUGGAAUCGAAUAAGCAAAAAUUACUUGGCUGAUUAUGAUGACAACGAGGAUAUUGCUAGCACAGAUGACGGUAACGGAAAUGCUUCUCGCACAGUCGAUGUGGUCAAUGCGCCUGUUGAACGUGCUGAACUCAGUGAUGCGCUACAGAAUGAGAUAUUUGAAUCGUUCGGCUUACGCAAUGGAGUUCACGAUGUAAUCUGCUUCCAAUAUCCGCAUAUUGCAUGCUAUGUUGUUUACAAUCCACCGAAUAGUGCUUCAACUAUUGGUGAUGUGAUCAAGUUUGAUGCCGUCUACUCAUCACCAUUGAACGCAUACUUGAUUGCUUGGCCGCAAAGGGUGCAGUUUGCUCUAUCAUAUCAGUACAAACUUGUUAAUUCGAAGUACUUAAUUGAGAUGCGUGUAGCCGGUGACGAAUCACUGCCGCUCGGGUAUUUUCAUGCUCAAGACGAACAUUUGGGUAUGGUUUAUGAUCGACAUGCGAUUUUAGCACCAGCACUAUUGCAUGCCUCAAGGAACGCUGUUUUUGAUGUCGCUGUUAGUGACAUAGGACCGAGUCGGUUCUGUCGCUUAACAAUUGAGAACGCCAUUGGUUAUACACAGAAACUAUUGGAAUCCUGUCAUAACAUUCAACAUAAAACACUAAAGGAUUUGGAAGGUGUGAUGAUAGGCUGGGAACAAGUGUUCGUACGUGAAUAUCCUGUGCUGAACUUUCGAUUCAAUGAUUUUUCGACAAGGAAUUGGGAAGAUUUAAAGACAGGCACAUGGAUCAAGUUCACUGCCGUAAUUGACGGAGGCCUACCCAAGUUCGUCAUUCAGGAGUGGUCAGCGAUUAGUGGAGGUGUCACUGAGUCAAUUGAUUAUGUCUUCAUAGAUGAAGACUUCAAAGAAUCAAAAGGAACAGUGAAAGAUCAUGUUUAUCGUCGGGUGAUGGAAGCGAGACGUGAACGAAAGGAGCUCCUUGACGCAGCUGAGGAGGAUGUUCGUAAGCUGACACUGAGCGAUGCUCAUUGGUAA